GCGCGCCUGACCGCUCCCCGGCCCCGUCCCCGACCCCAGGGCCGCCGGUCAGCAGCUGCCCCCAGCUCUCCCCUCGGCAGCCCCGGCUCCCUCCCCGCGGCUCUCGCCUCCUCCGCGGGCCCGCGCCAUGCAACUGAACCGGAGGCCCGCGGCGCUGGGGCUGCUUCUGUUGUGCGUGGCGGCGGCGGGCGCGGGCGACACGGAGGAGCUGCACUACCCGCAGGGCGAGCACCGCGCCGACUACGACCGCGAAGCGCUGCUGGGCGGCCAGGAAGAAGUGGAUGAAUAUGUAAAACUAGACCACGAAGAGCAGCAGAAGAGGCUGCGAACCAUCAUCAAAAAAAUUGACUCGGACUCAGAUGGGUUUCUCACGGAAAGUGAGCUCAGCUCGUGGAUCCAGAUGUCCUUCAAGCAUUACGCCAUGCAGGAAGCCAAGCAGCAGUUUGUGGAGUACGACAAGAACAGCGACGGCAGCGUGGGCUGGGACGAGUACAACAUCCAGAUGUACGACCGGGUCAUCGACUUCGACGAGAACACGGUGCUGGACGACGCGGAGGAGGAGUCCUUCAGACAGCUUCAUUUAAAGGAUAAGAAGCGAUUUGAGAAGGCCAACCAGGAUUCGAACCCGGGUUUGAGUCUGGAAGAGUUCAUUGCUUUUGAACAUCCUGAAGAAGUGGAUUAUAUGAUGGAAUUUGUCAUUGAAGAGGCUUUAGAAGAACAUGACAAAAAUGGUGAUGGAUUUGUAAGUUUGGAAGAAUUCCUUGGUGACUACAGACGAGAUCCAACUGCAAAUGAAGACCCGGAAUGGAUACUCGUGGAGAAGGACAGGUUCAUGAACGACUACGAUAAGGACCACGAUGGCAGGCUGGAUCCCCAGGAGCUGCUGUCCUGGGUGGUGCCCAACAACCAGGGCAUUGCCCAAGAGGAGGCUCUUCAUCUCAUUGAUGAAAUGGAUUUGAACGGGGACAAAAAGCUGUCUCAGGAGGAGAUUUUGGAAAACCAGGACUUGUUCCUCACCAGCGAGGCCACUGACUACGGGCGGCAGCUCCACGACUACUACUUCUAUCACGACGAGCUGUAGGCGGCCGUCGCCACGGCGCUGGACCCUUUUCUACCUGUUACCAGCCUGACUUUUGUGACCAGAUCCCAUGUCGUAGUUCACUCUUCUGUCUUAACGCUGUCACAGUUCCCUCCACGUAGGUGAUCGUUUGGGCCUUUUGGAAGAUAAACACAAACCAAUCAACCUGCUAUUUAUUUCUAAAUAGUCCUUCCCGCACAUUCCUCCCGUGUGGUGCCGCGUGCUGGGGGGACACCGGCGUGACCUCCCCACUCGGAGUCCCGCGGCCCCCAGAGCCCCCCCCCCAGCAGUCCGAUGCCGGCCUGCGCAUGCGCCACCCGGUGUUGUUCUAUUCUAGGUCAUUUUAAAGUUGGGGACUGCCAGGAAGGACGGUGUUUUUAGGUUUAGUAUUUUGUUUUACAACCUUUAAAGGAACCUUGCAAAGGACUUCACACCUCACACGUUAAUGCUGAGAAGUUCUGCCUCAUUUUACAAUGGUUUCUCUAAAGGCUUUUAUUGUAUGAAAUAGAACUUUAUAUUUUUGCAUAUGUAUAGAUAGUAAGGAUAUUUAAUGUAUAACCCAUAGCAUUAUGAGUGGGAUGCAACUGUGGCCAGAGCCCUUUUCAUUUGUGACUGAUUAAAACACUGUCCUGUCUUUUUA